UAGACACAGACAGGGGCUUGUGGGCUGAUCUCAUAAAGAGGUGAACAGGCAGCCUCUAACUUUUAAUCACACUUCACACCAAAGAGAAGCCACGAGUCAGAGAGGAGGGCGUUUAAUCAGCGCUGCGAGGCAGGUGAGACACUCUGGUCACACACAGACAAGACAAGUGUUUGAAGUGUGGGGAGUCGGCUGGUUCCAGUAAUGUGGAGCAUCCUUGGUGAUGUCAACGCUGGGUGACCCGACAAGGCUUCAGGAACUCUCAGAAGCUGUGAAGGUAAAGCUCCUGAUGACAGCAUGACUGAGAAGAGGCACUAACAUCUGAGUAACUCCACACACAGAAAGAGAACAGGUGCAUCUAGUGCGGUACCAACCCGAAAAGUCACACCUGGUGAAAAUGGAGUCCGCUUUCUCACAGGUGACUUGGGAACCUGAGGGAGAAGCUGAAGAGAUCUCUCCGAGAGGUCUGGGAUUGCGUCGCAAACGGGAAUUCAUACCUGAUGACAAGAAAGAUGCGAGCUACUGGGAGAAACGCCGCAAGAACAAUGAAGCGGCAAAGCGCUCGCGAGAGAAACGAAGGGUCAGUGACUAUGUUAUGGAGACACGAUUGGUUUCGUUGAAUGAGGAAAACGCUCGUCUGCGAGCCGAGCUGUUGGCUCUGAAGCUUCGAUACGGUUUGCUUAACCCAGGGAUACCCUAUUCCCCAUCUCAAAGGGCUUUAUCUCAGCUUCACACUUUGGUGCCGCAACCUUUGGUUUCUUGCCCAGACAAAGACCUCUACUGGGGUAGACAGCAAGACAGAGAGCCUUCCAAUCUAUCGGGGAACCAACAAGCACCCGUCUGUCUUGGCACCCACCCCGGGUCGGCAUUCCUGCCUACGCAUCCUAUGGCCAUACGAAGAAAUCACCCAUAUCUCCUAGACUUCCCCAGUCUCCAUUCUUCUACAGCUGCACCUUUACCCUUUCCUCCAUGCCUCACCCCAGCAGCAGCAUCUUGGGCAGGACGGCCCCUGCUCCAGCCUCGGAAUCAGAGGAUCUUGUCGGACGAAGAGGGUGAGCAGCAGGUGCCAGCAGAUUCCAGCACUGCCCUGCCCCAUAAACUAAGACUGAAGACGCAAAACUGCCAGCGCAAAGAUAACAGAGCUAAAUCUGCGUCGCCAAAUCCAACAUACAUUUCAGACUGAAAUCAAGCUCUGGACUAAAAUAACUCCGUAGUUAUGAGUCAUCCUACUCAUUAUUGAUAAUCGAACAUUGGCUAUAUUCCAGGAAGUGUGUUGCAAACCAUCAUGAUAAAAAAAAUAUAUACAUUUCUUUGAUCAAAAGGUCACUCAUUCAGAUAAAGUUUCCACAAUACAUUUUAAAGAGUCAAUAUUUCCAUCAUUGAGGUGGAAAGGUGGCAAACUUGAAUUGGGGUAAUGACGCACGUGUGUUUACAAUUUUUUUUUUAUCUUUCAUAUAGACAGGAACGUAGGGGGUGAAAGAAGGAGAACAAUAUUUUAGGAAUAGAAAUAGGAAUGGAAAAAGGAAUUGACCGAAGUUGGUCAUUCACUCUGCCAUAAUUUAUACAGACACUUCUCUAUAUUUCAGUCACUUCUUGCAUUUGUAAUGUAUAUUUAAAUGUAGGUAUUUAUAUUUAUGUAUUUGGAAGAUGCUUUUAUCCAAAGUGACUUUGCAUCCAAUGUAUACAUUUUAUCAUUCAUGCAUUCCCUGGAAAUUGAACCUCGGUGUUGCUAGACUCAUGAUCCGCCGUUCGAUCUAAAGAAAUGCCACCUUCUUGUUUACUUCAGAAUUUAACCUAUGUCUGAUUUAAUUGGGCCUCUGAUGUUAGACUGACAUUUACACAUUUGACAGAUGCUUUAAGCAACUUAAAUCACAUUCAAAUUAUACAUUUUAUCAGUCCAUGUCUUCCCCAGGAUUCAAAUCCAUUACAAAUACAUUGAAUUACUGUUUUGAGCUACACAAAUUGUUCGUUUUGAUAUUUCAAAUCAGCAUUAAUUAAAAAAUGGGGAACAAAAUGAAAAAUUAUACAUUAUUUUAUGUAUUAUAAUUCAAAGCACAUUGUAAAUUGAUACUGAUGGCAUCUCUCUGAAGUUUCUCUCAAAAUGUGAGUGUAUGUUUCUGAGAGGUCUAACAACCAAUCAGAUGCAUGCAAAUGAAACCAAAUGAAAUUUUAGGGAAAUUCACCAUGCCUCAGAGUCUGAAAGAAGCGGAUAAGAAGAUAAUUCUCAAAUCUCAAAUUUCAGCUACACAGUUAUUUACUGAAAUACGUAUGUAUUGAAUUACAGACAUGUAUGCAUUUAGUACACACAUUUUUGCAAUGUACAUCCCAGGUACACUCUGUCAUUUAUUACUGAGCCUGUGAUCGUGAUGUUGCCAGGGUCAUAUGCUAACAGCUAAU